GUGCCGAGCGUAUGCGCGUGCCUGAGUCGGGGCGCUGCGAACUUUUAUAAAGCACAGCAAGGGGCGCAUUGCUGCGUGCGCGUACCCGCGAAGCAACGAGAAGAUGGCGGGCGCCGCCGGAUCUGGCGUGAAGGUUCCGCGGAAUUUCCGACUGCUUGAAGAGCUUGAGGAGGGUCAGAAGGGUGUUGGGGAUGGGACGGUGAGCUGGGGACUGGAGGAUGAUGAAGACAUGACCCUCACCCACUGGAGAGGCAUGAUCAUCGGACCUCCCAGGACAAUCUAUGAGAACAGGAUUUACAGCCUUAAGGUGGAGUGUGGGCCCAAAUACCCUGAGAUGCCUCCCUGUGUCAGAUUUGUUACGAAGAUCAAUUUGAAUGGCGUGCACAACUCAAAUGGGGUGGUGGACACUCGAGCAGUGUCGGCCCUGGCCAAGUGGCAGAACUCCUUCAGCAUCAGGGUGGUUCUGCACGAGUUACGACGGCUCAUGAUGUGUAAGGAAAACAUGAAACUCCCCCAGCCCCCUGAAGGACAGAGCUACAGCAACUGAUCCCAGACUUCUCCUCUACCUUCCCUUUACCGUUCUGUUCAUCCUUCCUUCAACCCAUCCACUGGCAAAUAGCAGCCCUUUUCCAGCCUUCUGUGAGGCUUCGACUGCCCUUCCUCCCUGAAGACACCCCACUGGACAGAGAGAGAGAGAGAGGGAUCUGAGGCUCUGCAGUAUAGACCACACCAUUAAAAUACUGUACAUGCUACUAAUCUUUUUUUUUUUUUUAAUUAUUAUUAUUAUUAUUUGUUAUGAAUACAAGUUGUACAAUAACAUAAAUCUUGUUGUUAUUGAGUGUAAA